ACUUCGUCCUUCAUAUUGUCGACUUCGAAACCACCUCCCCUGGCGGGCUGGAUAUAUAACAUCUCGAUCUUUUCCACAAACUUCUUCCGAACUCUUUUUCGCCUCCCUUGUGGCAAGACCACGGUUCGCCCCCUGCAAGUUCCUCAUCCAGCGCGUCAAGCCCAUAAGCCACCCACCAUUGCCACCCAUUCACAACCAACGCGAUGAAGCCGAUCGAAAUUGACGGGAGGACUGGAGAAGGUGGCGGACAGGUCGUUCGCGUCGCGAUUUGCCUGGCUGCUCUCUCAACGCAACCCGUCGUCAUUACAAAUGUCAGAGGCAGCCGUGGAGGCCCAAAGGGUGGAGGCCUCAAGAGUCAGCAUGUGACUUCCAUCGAGUGGCUGGCUGAAGCCACGGAUGCUGAGGUGGAGGGCCUCAGCGUGGGCUCAAAGACAAUAUUGUUUUCCCCCAGACGUGCUCCCUCAGAAUUGGUGCAAAGAAACGUCAAAAUAUCUGCUGCUUCAGGGUCUGCGAGCACCCUUUUAAUACUGCAGGCCAUUCUUCCAUUCAUGGUCUUGGCAGGCAACGAUAAAGGCGACCCAAUAGAGGUCGAGGUGUCAGGCGGGACAAACGUGAGUUGGUCGCCCAGUUACGAGUACCUUGACCAAGUCCUACUGCCUGUGCUCGAGGAACGGUUCGCCCUUCAGGUUGAAAGGCGGCUCAUUCGGCGAGGCUGGAGCCUGGGGCCUCAGUCAAGAGGUUCGAUCUGGCUGAAGGUUUACCCACUCGCCCCUGGACAGGCACUCCAGUUCAAGGCAGCAGCGCCACUUGCAACCCCGGAUGUCUGUCAAGUGUCCAGUGUAGACGUCACCAUGGUUGUGCCUAACACGUUCCACGAGGAGCUCCAGAACGCCUUGGUGAAAGACCUUGAUGUUCUUUUCCCCGGCGCCGACGUCAACCUCAAGCUAGUCGAAGACUCCCGCCUCGAAACACGGUGGUAUAUUCUCCUCGUGGCGCACUCAAAGGAUGGGAGAAGAUGGGGCAAGGACUAUCUAGGCUCGAUGCCGAAAAAGCACAAGAUGAGAGGUCCCUUCACGCCCCAGGUUUCCGACAAGCUAUGCCGAGGACUGUUUGAGGAAGUAAAUCACGGGGGCGAUGUUGACGAGCACCUCCAGGACCAGCUUGUCUGUUUCCAGGCACUCUGCAGCGGCUAUUCGUCGUUUCCUCGUGGCGACAGUCCUGAUGACUCUUCCCGGCGCGUGAUUAUCGAUGCUCUAGGCAACCUUGACAUUGGAGACUCCAAAAUGCGGAAAGAGAAGAAUCACGAGCCUUUUGGUCACGGUUCACUGCAUACCCAGACCGCGAGAUGGGUGGUGAGCGAGCUGCUGCCUGCGGUAGAGUUUUACAACAAAGGCGACUUGGUCAAGGGAGCUGGGACUAUCAUCAAGGCUCAGGACGGCCUUUAAGUCCCAAGCUACCUUAUCCAAAUAAGACAAUAUGAUGAGCCGCUCAUAUCCGGAGAUAGAAAAUAUAUAGAAAUGAGCCUGAUGAAUAAUGGCCUUAGGCCCGGUCGGACAUUAGUGCAGCUGUGACGUGGACGUUUCAGACCUAUAGAUUGUUAUUAUGCGCUCCGGCUUCCUGCAACCGCUUCAACUCUGUUUACCACACCAGCACCACGUUCAAAC